UAGAAAAUUUCUGGGAAGUAAGCUUCAAAUUGAUUAAAGGGUUCAAAUGGGUCGCAUCAUGAAGAGUUGUUUCUCUAACCUCACCCAUGAAGUGAUUGCUUGGGCUAAACACAAAAUAAAUAUUACAAAGGCAGCCUUCUUCCUUUUAGGUUUAGUUUUUGCACAUGGAUUAGUGAAAAAUGCAGUGGUAGAUAUCUUGAUUAUGUACCUUAUGGAAGACUGGGAGCGGAGCAAUCUACCUAAAGCUGCUGCUAUUAUUAAUAUUCAAGAAGGAGUAGCUGCUGUUGUUGCUCUUAUCAUGGCUCACGUCGCGGAUGCCUACAUAGGUCGCUUCACAACUGUUAUAUUAACCACUGCUGCUUAUAUCAUUGGGUUGAUGCUAUUAUGGUUUUCUAGUUCGUUUCUUUCACACGUGAAGAUUGGAGUAUUUUACUUGGCAUUGGCACUGAUAGCAUUGGGUACAGCAGGGAAAGAUCCUCCUUUCAAAGCAUUUCUUGCAGAUCAGCUAGUCGGCGAAGAUUACGAUCAAAUUCAAGACCGCACAACAUUUUGGUGGCGAGUGGUAAAGUUUAUAGGGGCUGUCAUUUCCGUAUUUUUCAUAACUCGAUAUUCUUGGAAAGCUACUUUCAUGAUUUCUACAAUAGUGAUGGGAACAGCUUAUUUAUGGUUUUUGGUUGGUAUUUGGAUUCGCUUGUAUCACCGCAAAGGACCAACGGGAAGCCCGCUUACUACUCUUUAUAGAGUCACUGUGGCAGCUAUUUAUAAUUGGCAAUUGGAUUAUCCUCUUAUAGAGUUUUCUCCUCGUCAUCCAACUUUGAGGUGGAUGGAUAAAGCAUCUAUUAGAAGAACUUCUUCUUCCAACCAACAACCAAUUCAAGAAUCAACCUUCUCAGCAAGACUUCUCCAAAUAAGCUCUUGCACAGAAACAGAAGUGAAGCAUGCAAAACGACUUCUAACAUUGAUUCCUUUAUGGAUGACCUUCCUCAUGUACAGUGUGGUACAAGCUUCAGGGAAUACUUUCUUCAUUGAACAAACUGAUGGCAUGAAAAUUCGUAUAAACGCCGAUUUUGAUUUUCCUAUCACUUUUUUCUUUAUAUUUCAGUCAUUAACAAGGUCUAUAACUUCAUAUCUUGCAAAUUUACUAAUCUCAAAGAAGUGGAGGCUAGCAACACAACAACGUCCACAACUUUUAAAAAUCAACUCAGGAAUGGCUUUCUCUAUUAUGUGUUGCCUUGCUGCAUGGCAGGUUGAAGUUAAAAGAUUGAAAUUAAUGAAGGAAUGUGGAUGUAUGAGCAGUGUUUAUGAGAAUAAUAAAAUCAGUAUGAGUGUUUUGUGGUUACUUCCACAAUUCUUCUUGUUAGGACUUAUGGAAGGACUUGCAGAAGAUGGGCUCAGCCAGUUCUUUUAUAACCAUGUGGAUGAAUCAAUGAAAUUAUUUGAAACACCAUUUAAUGGAUUGGUGAUAGGAAUUGGGAGGCUCCUUACACUAUUUUUUAUUCUACUUAGAAGAAGUUGGUUUGGCGAUAGUAUAAACCAUAGUCGAUUGGAUAAAUAUUUUCGGUGGUUAAUGAUCCUCAGCUGUUGUAACUUGUGUUUUUGUGGUGUUGUUUCUUAUAAAUAUGCAAAUCUUGAAGGACAUCAUCAACCUGACAUCAUUGAUCAGUAUGAACAGCAACAACAACAAUUGCAACAACAACCUCAUCAACUACAAGAAGACAAACAAGAAUGCCCACAAAAGGAAGCAGAAUUGGAAGAGCUUAGUGUUGUGAUAUAAGAUAGUGUUGUUAUGUAAGAUAGUGUUGCUUAGUGUUGAUAUAAGAUAGUGUUGUUAUGUAUGCUUAUAAAUUAAAUGUUGUCUACUUUAUUUGUAAAGUUUAUUUUUGACCUUUUAAUUAUAGAUAUUAAUAGUACCA